AUUUUAUACAAGGCUAUGAAAUACCUUGUAGAAAACAUGAAACUUUGUUUAUGUGGGCAAUUCGAAUUUAUGGAUUUCAUUUAAUUAACUUUUGCAAAGAUUUGUGCCACAAUUUUAUUAUGUGCCAAAAUCAAUUAUUAGGAAUUAAAUAAAUUGGCAAUUCAUGUAAUGAAACGUUCGAAUCAUUUUAUGAUAAAUUUAUGCAAUUAGAUUUGAAGUGCGAAAAAAGCUGUAGAAGGAGAACAUAGAUAAAGUUUUGUAAACGUGCAUGGUUUCAUAUAAGACAAGAAAACGAAGAUGCGUGACAGCGAGGCAACAAGGAUAUCUUCUUUCAAAACCGUGAAAAGACCUGUUGUGAAAAAGAAUGAAAAGAAAGGAUUUAGCUUCUUUUCCACUUCACCAAAGCAGAAGCAGACGAAACUGACAUUGGAAACAUUGCAAGCACUAACACCAUUCCACAAAGGCAAGGAUGUGGUAGCCGACGCUGCACGGGAAAUUUUACUUAAUAGAAUCCGUAUGGACGACAGUGUGCACAAAUUGUUUUUCUCGGACACAGUGAUAGACACACGUAUUUCAGAGGAUGAUUUCCGGGGGUUUCCGAUUGUGAAACUGUCAGUUGCCAUGGUAGCGGAAGCUAUCUCAAAAUGUAACGAUAACUUAAAAUUUCACUGCACAGUUGAAAAGAAUAACUUGGAAAAUGUGUUACAGGAGGUUUAUGAGAGUGUUCACUGGAAAAAGUUAGGAUUUUCUCUAUACACGAAGCUAUACCCAAGUGUAGUUCGAGACGAAAAGUUUAAUGUAUGUUUACAAGAUUUCAUUGACGACAACGGACCUGAGUGGGCGGAGCGAAUGAUCGAGCGGAUGACAGAACCGUCAUGGACAAUGAACUGGGUACAGAAAAUAGUGCGUGGACAGGUUACGGAGGAAGACUACAACGCCGAGAUGAAUGCGCUAUUUGUAAAACUUCACUUGUUAGACCCACAAUCUGUUAUACCAACUUACCAUCUACUCAAUCAUAUAAAAGCUCUUCCAGAAUGCAAUUUGGAACUGGCUACGCGGAACUACCUUGGCGGACCCCUUGAUUGUGCGGUGUUUACAGAUAACGUUAAACUUGCAAUAGCGAAGGAGACACAUCCUAUGAAUGUAUCCAAACUCAGUCUUGAUGAAAUAGAGUUAUUUUAUGGUUUAGAAGUAGAAGAGUUUAUACUCUCGGAUGUGAGAGACUUGGGAGUGUGGAACGGAAGAAGACCUAACAACAAAAAACAAUCCAAAUUUCAGGACCGUUGUAAAAUUAUGUGAUUAUGUAAGGAAUUAAUGAACAAAUCUAUUCGCGGUUGUUUUCAUUAUAAGACUAAAAUUAGUUUCAAGUUCAAGGAAUUAUAUAGUUACUAUAGUUGACAAGUUGCAAAAUUAUGUACUUGAAGCAAAUCGAGGGCUGACCGUGAAACGGUGCAUAGUCACCCAUCUGAAAUGAAUGAAGAAACCGUUAAAAAAACUUGUUAAUAUAAAAGGAGAGAACUGAAAAGUUAGAAUUUUAAGUCCAAGUCGGGAAAUGUAGAUGUUGGUGCAUCAAAUAUUUUAAUGAAUAUGUUCCCGAGUAUGAUAAUACAACUGUUACGGAUUAGUGGAUCAAUAUACGAGAGAUAAGUUUUGACAAAGUGUAGUUUGUUAUGUAUGCCAGCUGCCUGUAAUUAGAACAGCCUGGAGGACGACAGGUUCAAUAGAUUGCUAUCAUUACAUGACAGUGUACGUUUAUGUGAAAGAACAUUGCGUUCCACAAAUGGCUAUGUUAAGAGAUAAGGUGCUUACAGGAAUAAGAUACCAAUUGCAGUAGAUUAUAUAUCGUGUCCUACUCACAUGAUGAAAAAUUCCAAUGGAUAGAUUGUACAUAAUUAUUUUUGUCAUAUUAUCUUUUUGUCAUUUAUUUUUGUUUAAAUUUGAAAUGCGGGCAUUUCUCCUUGUAGGUAACUGUAUAUAACAGACGUUGUAUUUGUUUCAACACAUGCGUGUUUCUUAUUGGUAAUUUGCUUUUCUUCUUCCUGUAGUGAACGUAGGCUGCUUAAUACAAAGUUUAUUUAUGAUACAUUUUAUGAAUACAUCUUUCGAAAUAUUAUCUGGUGCUAUUUUUGAGGACUGCAAUAAAAGCGUAAGAUUUA